CGACGAGGGCGAGCUCGCGGCGCGGCUCGACUUCGGGGACGCGGAGCCGUCGAGCGACGACGAGGACGACGCCUCGGCGCCGGGCGCGGACACGACCGUCGUCGGCGGCGACCCGGAGCCCGUCGUCCUCGAGGCGCUCCGCGACUACGGCGACGACGGCUCGUUCGUCGGGGACGGCGGCUUCGACAGCGACGCCGGCCACGAGGAGUUCGGCCGGUUCCUCUCCGACACCAACGACGUCGGCGUCGCGCGCGUGAGCCUCGUGCGCCACGACGGCUCGUUCCUGACGAUCUUCCGAGGAAAGGUCUGCAUGGUGCCCGACGUCCACUACUGGGAGAACGACGACUACGACUUCGACCGGCCCUGGGAGAUCCCGCUCCACGAGUUCAAGCAGGACGACGAGCGCAUCCUCUCCAACGCGGCCAUCCUGACGACGGACUGCCUCAAGGAGGACGACGACGCGAACGUCUACCGCGCGAGGGGCAUCGAGCUCCGCUUCCGCUGGGCCCAGGACACGUCCGACUUCAUGCCCUUCGCCUACAACGACCCCUGGCGCACGAAGCAGAUCCACGCCCUCGACAACUUCUACGCCCUCCUCGAGUUCGCGGGGGCGUGGAGGUAG